AUGUAUUUCCGAAUAAUUUCUGCACGUUUCAUUUCACAUGUUCUUCAUUUUCUUGCAAUUGCACUUUGUUUUUGGAGUCGGGAGCGUAAUGUCUAUGGCUGUAAUGAUGAUGGCUCAAAUAAGUCUUAUGAAAAUCAAUUAAUUGCUGCACAUUCAUUAUCAAUUAUAUUUUGUGUAUUUGAACUUGCCCCAUUAAUUCUCGGAAUAACAUCAAUAAAUUUUGCUCGUUCUUUUUUAGGUAUGUAA